AUGGCUGACAUUGUAGAAGAUUUUGUUACCUCUCCUGCUCAUGGAUUAUUGGAACAAUGUACCAAGGAACAGUUACUGAGGAUAGCACAACACUACACUGUGGUCGUGGAUGCCAGGCGCACAAAGGAGACCAUCCGGAGUAUUAUAAGAGCAAACCUGCAAGAAGAAGGAGUCCUGACUGACGUCGAUGGUAAGAGUGAGGUAAAUACUACAGUGCCAAGGUUGACAUUCGAACAGCAGAAGGAGUUGUUGAUGUUGAAUUUGGAACAUGAGAAAGAUUUGGAAAAAAUGAAAUAUAAGAUGGAACAACUGAAAUUGGAAGUGGAACAUAAAAAAUUGGGUCUAAUUGGAGAAGGGAAAUUACAUGCUGGUACUGUGGGUGAGGAUGUUACUGCUGCUGGUUUUGAUGUGGUUAAAAAUUUGAGGUUAAUGCAAAAAUUUGAUGAAAAGGAUGUAGAAACAUUUUUUUCAAUGUUUGAACGGGUGGCUGAUGCUAGGGAUUGGCCUGAUGAUGAACGUACAUAAAUGUUGCAGUGUGUCCUUACAGGCAAAGCACAGGAGGUGUACUCCUCCAUGUCAGUGGGGGAUUGCAGGAUCUACACAAAGGUAAAAGCAGCAGUCUUGAAAGCUUAUGAGCUGGUGGCUGAUGCGUACCGCCAAAAGUUCAGAGGCUGGAGAAAGACUGGAAAACAAACGCAUGUGGAGUUUGCAAGAGAUUUGGUUUCACAUUUUAAUCGCUGGUGUAAGUCAGCUGAGGUAGAAACCUUUCCAAAGUUGUGUGAUUUAAUUGUACCGGAGCAAUUUAAACAGGCUAUGCCAGACUGCAUUUCAACAUAUAUUACGGAACGCAAAGCUACAACUCCAAGUGAAGCAGCAGUCUUGGCUGAUGAGUAUGUGUUAACUCACAAACGUAUCUUUGGAGAACACAACAGGGAGAAAUCCCAGGUUAUUGGUGAAAGAUCUUUGACUAAUGUUUUUCCGAGGUUUGAGCCACAACAUCAAGGUAAAGGUGGGCCAGAGGUAUGUCAUUAUUGUCACCAAAGGGGUCACUAAAAGAAAGAAUGUCCUGUGUUAAAGGUGAGAGGUAAGACUGUCCAUGUUAAGUCAGCUGGGUUGGUGGCAUCAGUACACAAAUCUGUUACUCCAGCUACAGAGUUGGUGGCACCUUUUCAAAUGAAAAUGAAAUCAAUGCAUGACUCUGAUGUUGAUUCUGGGUAUUGUAGUUUUCUGUCUGAGGGUUUUGUAAGGCUAAGUGGGAGUGAUGGAGAAAUCCCAGUUAAAGUGUUGAGGGAUUCAGGAUCUAUGCACACAUAUGUGAGACAGGCGGUUUUGCCUUUUUCUCCACAAUCAGACACAGGUGGUUGUGUGCCAGUUAGAGGUGUGGCUCUCCAAACACUUUUUGUUCCAGUGCAUAAGAUGUUCUUGUCAUGUGGUUUCUUCCAGAAGGACGUGGAGGUGGCUGUUCGGGCAGAACUGCCAGUGAGGGGCGUUGACAUAAUCCUGGGAAACGAUCUGGUACCUGACGGGCGUAUGUGGCCGGAUGAUGUAAGGCCUGUAUUUACACAAACAUCCCAAGAGUCAGUUCAAGUCAAGUGGCCACAUGUGACAUGUCUAUCCUCUCCAGCUACUCCAAAGGGUGUUGAUGCGCCUCAGGUGUCACAGAAAAAUGAACAGCUAGAUUUGUCAUGUGGUUCCUCUCUAAAGCCUGUAAAGGACGCUGCACAAGAUCAAGCAGUGGCUCCAGUCUGUGCUCCACAGUCACAGCAGGUAAAAUUGUCUACAGUUUGUGCUGUGACUCGAGCUAUGACUGCCAUGACUGACAGUGGGGUAAAUGUGGACAAUUCUGAGGUCACAAAGUUUUCCUUAGCUAUGCCAAAUGAUCUUUGUGUUCCCCGUUCUGAGCUGGUGGAAGAACAGAAAAAGGACCAGUCUCUGAAGGUUCUGUAUGGCUUGGUGUUGCCUUCCUCUGAGGUGGGAAAACUUAGGCAGGGAUAUGUGCUCCAGGAUGACAUCCUGCUUAGAUUUUGGGCUCCUUAUGGAGAUGGAUUUAGUGGUGACCCCAUAGUGCAAGUUGUACUGCCUGAAAAAUUCAGAACAUCAGUGAUUCAAACAGCACAUGACAGUGUUGCAGGCCAUAUGGGUGUAAAAAAGACCUACCACCGUGUGAUCCAGAAUUUUUUCUGGCCCCGUGUAAAACGUGAUGUGGCUAACUAUAUAAAAACAUGUCAUACUUGUCAAAUUACAAGCAAGCCUAAUCAAACGUUAAAACCAGCACCUCUGUAUCCAAUUCCGGCAGUGAAUCAGCCUUUUGAACACCUGAUAGUUGAUUGUGUGGGACCUCUUUCCCGGUCCAAAUCAGGUUGUUCCUAUUUGUUGACUAUAAUGUGUCAGUCGACUAGAUAUCUGGCCACCUAUCCUCUGCGGUCAAUCACUGCAAAGUCUGUGGUAAAGGCUAUUAGUCAGUUUAUAUCAGUGUUUGGAAUUCCCAAAAUCAUACAAACUGAUCAAGGCUCUAACUUUACUUCUCGGCUGUUUUCCCAAGUUCUUAAACAACUUCAUAUAGCUCAUAACAUGUCUUCAGCAUAUCAUCCACAGAGUCAAGGGGCACUUGAGCGUUUUCAUCAACAUCUGAAAUCAUUGCUGCGUGCUUACUGCACUGAGCUAAAGGAAGACUGGCAGGAGGGCUUGCCCUGGCUCUUAAUGGUGGCCAGAGAAGUUGUUCAGGAGAGUACCGGCUUCAGCCCUAAUGAGCUUGUUUUUGCUCACACUGUUCGAGGCCCCUUGUCUAUUAUUCGUGAUCAGGUUACAGAACAAAACUACCUGAUUGAGAUGCCAAAUAAAAGAAAGCCGGUUAAGGUCUGUCAUGUUAAUUUACUCAAACCCUAUUAUGCACGUGGGCUUUCUAAUGACAAAACUCAGGGUAAUCCAGUGCUAGUGGCCAGUACUGUACAGGAGGAGGAAGAGUGUUCGGGUGAUAGGGUGUUACAACCUAGACUUAAAAAUUCUGAAACUCUGGCCAACUUGGGUUCACUGAUGGGACAUUUGGAUGCGACUAAGUGCGAACAACUAGGUGAGAUUAUACACAGAUACCCAGGUCUUUUCUCUGACACACCUACAUGUACAAAUUUAAUUGAGCAUGAUGUUGAUGUGGGGGAUGCAAAACCCAUUACUCAGCGAUUCUACAGGGUUAGUCCAGAAAAGCGAAAGGUGCUGGAUGCAGAGGUAGAAUAUAUGUUGCAAAAUGGUCUUGCUGUACCAUCUACCUCUAGUUGGGCUUCUCCCUGUCUCCUUGUCAGUAAGCCAGAUGCCACGUUUAGACCAUGCACUGACUUCAGAAAAGUUAAUUCUGUUACAAAGCCUGAUUCCUUCCCUCUUCCAAGGGUGGAUGAUUGUAUUGAUCCAGUGGGUUCUGCUAAAUAUGUCAGUAAAUUUGACCUUCUUAAGGGUUACUGGCAGGUGCCUUUUUCUGAAAGAACCAGAGAAAUCUGUUCAUCUGUGACUCCCUCUGGUUUGUAUUCUUAUACUGUUAUGCCCUUUGGAUUGCGAAAUGCUCCAGCUACUUUUCAAAGACUAAUGAAUGUGGUUGUGUGUGGGCUGGAGGGCUGUGCAGUCUAUUUGGAUGAUGUGGUCAUAUUUAGUGACACAUGGGAGGAACAUUUGGAGAGAGUGAAAGCUUUGUUUGACAGACUGCUGUGGGCAUGUCUGAUGGUCAAUUUGGCUAAAUGUGAAUUCGCAAAGGCAACAGUGACCUAUCUAGGAAAAGUUGUUGGUCAAGGAGAAGUUCACACCAUAAAGGCUAAGGUUGGAGCUAUACAAGAAUUUCCUAUUCCAUCCACAAAGCGGGAAUUGCUACGUUUGCUGGGUAUGUCUGGUUAUUACAGAGGGUUUUGUCCUAAUUUUGCCUCUGUGGGUGCUCCUUUGACAGACUUGUUGAAAGGGAAUGCUAAAUAUGUUUGGUCUCCCAGCUGUCAACAGGCCUUUAACCAGUUAAAGGAGCUGUUGUCCUCAGCUCCAGUGCUGGCAGCUCCUAGGCUGGACCGGCCCUUUAAGUUGCAGGUGGAUGCGAGUGAUGUUGGGGCUGGUGCUGUGUUGCUACAGGCAGAUGAGAAGGGAGUGGAGAAACCAGUCAGUUUCUUCUCUAAGAAAUUCAAGGGGUACCAAUGCAAUUACUCUGUAAUAGAAAAAGAAGCGCUGGCUCUGGUUUUGGCCCUUAAGCAUUUUGAUGUCUAUGUUGGGACAGGUUCACAUUUGGUAGUCUAUACUGACCACAACCCAUUGACUUUUUUACGAUCAUUGCAAAAUCCAAAUCAAAGAUUGAUGCGUUGGGCAUUGUUUUUGCAGCCUUAUCAUCUAGAUAUCCGCCACAUUAAAGGUAGAGAUAACAUAGUGGCGGAUACUUUGUCACGUGCACCUUGGUCUUAAAAUAUCUUGCUGUUUAUUUGUCAUCUCUCCAUUUUCAGCCUGUUGUCCCAAUCUCAUGAUCACAGACGAUCACAUCACGAGCCAGGCAGAGAGCAGCAUCAUGGAUAUUCGCAACUUUUUCAAAAAAGUAAGUCUUUAUAGCUGCUGGUAGUAACAAUAAGCUCCAGCUAACAGCAAAUAGUCCCAUGUAAUUUAUGAACCAGGUGCUCCCCAUUUUGAUAAAUAAAAACCUGGCUAUCACACCAAGUUAAAUUGUUAGCAUGAUGUUGAUUUCUGUCACAUGUUUUAGCUCUGAAAAAAGCGGGCUGAGCUCAUUCACGUAUGAUUAUCAUCAGUGGAUAAUAAUAAUAAUAAUAAUACACUAAUAAUACUCACCCUACCAUCCCCACUGACUUGUAGGAGUCAGGACAGAGGAGCACAGCAUAUGAGUGAGGAGACACCUCUACUGGAGAGGUGAGUCUAAAAGAAUUCACAGGAGUGAUGCAGACAGUCUGAUUAGAAUUUUAUGGAACUCAAUAUGGAUAUGAAAUACGAAAUUUCAGUCAUGGUGCAGGUGCACCAUAUAAGACUUAUUUCAUUUGAGUUUUUAUUUAAGAGAGUCAAGAUUAGAAAGUGGAGAGAGCCAAGAGAUAAAUUAGCCUGACCCAAAUAUUUUUGGGGGUUCUAUUUUAAUAUUACUUUAAUUCAAGUAAUUUAGUAAUAUUUUCCAGGGCUUUAAAUUGCAACCAUUUUAGUCACAUAUGGGCCCAAAAUGUAAUUUGUGUAACAUCUUAAUAUUUGGGAGCAAAAAAUUACUGUGGUGUGUGAGCUUAAGUCAUGACAUUAGCCUCUAUGUUGGAUUAGUUAUUAAUUCAAUGUGUUUCAAUGUAUCUUGGAGGGUCAGGCAGAAGGAAAGGCUGAGGAGCUGCAGCAAAUGGCAGAGGAAGCUGAGAGAGGAGAGCAAACAGGCCAAGAGAGGGAAAAUAAUGAAGCAGCUGCAGCAACUUAUUCCACUACAGGGUUUGACUUGGGCGACAAAGACACAGGGCCCAGACAGGUCAUGCUGAAGAGCUACCCACAAGAUAAUUUUGGGACAAAGAAGCGAGCAUUUCACCACAGCUGGUUUGACAAGCACAACUGGUUAGAAUAUUCAGUCAACCAGAAUACAGCUUUCUGUUUCCCGUGUAGAGUGUUUGGUAAAAACAUCAAACAUGACAGUUUGGUCAGUAGUGGUUGCAAGAACUGGAAGAAAGCUUUAGUCAUCUUUGGUAAGCAUGAGAUGGCACAAACGCAUAAGGACAGUGUUGUUGCAUGGAAAAGCUACCAGGCAACCAGUAAACAGGGGAACGUUGCACAGAUGAUAGCAUCAGCAAAUGUGAGUGAGAUAGUAGAGAGAAGAGAGUAUCUCAGGCGAAUUGUUGCAGUCACCUCUAUGUUAGGGAGAUAGGGACUCCCUUUUCGUGGCCAUGAUGAAGGUGAAGACAGCACAAACAGAGGGAAUUUUCUUGCAUGCAUGGAGCUUUUGAAGGAGUUUGAUCCUUUUCUUCAAAAACAUAAUCCCCCAUCAAAUGCGCAGUAUAUUUCGCCAACAUCCCAGAAUGACAUGAUUUACUGUUGUGCCCAGGAAGUUACUAAUGUCAUUGUAUCUGAAAUGACAAAGUCUAAAAUCUAUGCCAUCAUGGCAGAUGAGGCAAGGGAUGAAAAGUCAGAGCAGUUAGCUGUUUGUGGGGGCAGUGAAGGAGUGUUUACUAGCACUUACAGAGAUAAAAUCAUUUGAUGCCCAGUCCAUUGCAAAUGAGCUUCAGCAGCAGAUCCAAAACAAUGGUCUUGAAGAGCUUAUGUGUGUAACACAAACAUAUGAUGGCGCAGCUGUUAUGAGUGGCUCCACUGCAGGUGUACAAGCACAUUUUAGAAGGCUCCAUCCUGAGGCUAUCUAUGUGCAUUGUUAUGCUCAUCAACUCAACCUGGUGUUGUGCAAUACUUGCAAGGCUGUCCCAGAGGCUGUGGAACUUUUCAGCUUGUUGGAGUGUGUUUAUUCUUUCUUCAGCACCUCCCUAGUAAAUCAUCAUAAGUUCAUGGAGGCUCAGUCACAGCUUGGAUUGACAAAAGUUGAGCUUGUGCAACUUUCAAGCACUCGCUGGGCAUGUCAGUUGCGAUCAAUCAGUGCAGUUCUUCAGACAUUGUCUGCCAUUUUGGAGUGCCUUUCUGCCAUUGGAUCCCCCAUAGCUGUUGGUCUUAGAGCAAAGCUCUACAAGUUCUCAGCAGUCUAUGCACUACUGAUGUUUCAGUCACUUCUUUCUGUAACCGAAGGACUCCACAAGCUCCUGCAGAAAGAGACUUUAGACCUGGCAGACGCUUUUAUCAGCAAACAAGCUGUGUGUGACACACUUAAGGACAAAUGCACAGAUGCAUUUGCCAUGGAGCUGUAUGAGAAAACCAAGGCUGUAUGCCACACCCACAGUAUCCCUGAACCAGGUGCCAAGACAAGGAACAAACAGAGGAAAAUGGAGGAUUUUGUGUUGGAGGCAACUGCAGGUUCACGCACUAAAUUGAACAAUUCAGACACAUUGAAAAGCAACUUACUUUUCCCUUGUGUGGAUAGGAUGGUUGGCUAGCUUGAGCAAAGAUUUAGCAAUGUAGAUGCAGGGCUACUAAAAGGCAUCCAGGCAUGCAGUCCUAAAUCUGAGAACUUCUUGAGUGAGACACACUUGAAUGAACUUGCAAAGCACUACAGAGUUGACCUGAAAACGGAGGAGGUUCUGGUGGCCAGAAAGUUUCUUGCCCGGAAAACAGAGGCUGGAUGUCCACCCAAAGAUAUGUUGUCUGUGCACAAUCUCCUUGAUUCAGACAUGUUUCCCUCUCUGAAGGCAACUAUCCAAGUUGCCCUAACAGUGCCUGUAAGCAGCUGUUCAUGUGAAAGAUCCUUUAGUGCACUGCGUCAGCUGCACUCCUGGCUGCGUCAAACAAUGGGUCAGAAAAGACUUCACAGUCUUGCAGUCAUGUCCAUUGAAAAAGACACCCUUCAGCAUCUGAGUCACAACAGAGUGAUUGACCGAUUUCCCACCCUUAAAAACAGACGGCAUUCUUUGAUGCUUCCACCAACAAAGUAA